CCGUAUUUCUCUACCCGCUCGACCGGUGUGCGGCGCGUUGACGUGGCACUCUAUUGUAUUCAUUCCUAAUCCCUAAAUUCCUUUAUUGCUGAAAGCAAUUUCAGGUAGCCUUGUGAGCAUUGAAAACAUGGUAUAUACAUCAGUUGCUCGCUGUAUGUCGUGUUGAACGGUAGAAAGUGAGUCGAAAAAUUUGACUGUUAUCGUUCGAGUUCGUUGAAUUUUCGGGCAUUUUGAACUGUGUUUGUGUUUGAACUGUUACUGAGUGUAUUUGUUAUUAUUAAAGAUGCCUCGAAAAGUGACUAGAGAUGAUCGUAAAUACGGCAAAAAGUAUUUGAACCGAGCAAAAAAAAUAAUACCGCCACAAAAGCGUAAAAACGAUGAAGUAACAGCUGGCAGCUCGUCGUCGAAAAAAAUUAAAAAUCGUCCCGCUAUUGAAAUAGAAGCUAUAAAGUUCUGGAAGCCAUGAUGCCCAUUUAUGAGGACUUGAGCAGGGACGCACUGUUGCAGCGAUGUCUUGGAGGUUUUACACAAAACAAUAACGAAAGCCUCAAUCAGCUAAUAUGGAAAAUCUCUCCAAAGGCAUACAGUGGAACCUCUACAACCGUACAAAUUGCAGCUAAUGUGGCUGCUUGCACUUUUAAUGAAGGUUCUAUUGCCCUGUUGGCCUUCAUGGAAGAGAUGCACAUCGGUACAGGCCCUAGUUCUCAUGAAUGGGCGCGACAAGUUGACGAUUUGCGAAUUACUAGAGGAGGCGAGAAGGCGGCUCACGACAGUAAAGAAGGGAGAGUUUCGCGGAGACAAACACAAAAAGAUGCUCUGGAUCUUCUGGAUGAAAGCGCCUUGCUGUAUGGACCUGGUAUCGACGAUUCUGUAUGAUUCUACUACGAGUUAUGAUGAUCACCGCCAAACCACUUUUUUUAGGAGCGCCUUCGGAAAUUCGUUGUCACUCGCGUAUUUUUCGAUAUUUUUCGAUGAAAAUUUAGCAAG